UUAAUCGGGCUUCGCUGCACACCAACUCAUACUCGAACAGCCCAGAUGAAGCAGAGCAGCGAGCAGCAGAUGACCAAUUUCUGAUUUCAUAGCGACUAGUUUCUUCUGGGGUUGUUUAAUUAAGCUUGAAAUUUAAUGGGUCUGGCUUUGCUUUUUGUUUAAGGCUCAUUCGGACUUUUCCCAGCAGUCCAGCACCCACUGCAGUGCGCGCACACACCAAUUCAAACAGUUGUUCAAUUUGUACCAAUGGGACGAACAAUCGCAUUGGAGCUCAAGUGUGCUAGAAAUGUCCAAGGCAUCGCUGUGGAUCCGCAGCCUGACUGGAGUCUCGAUUCUCUCUUGCUCGAGAUCAAUUCUAUCGAAAACAAGCUCAAUUUAUCGCUUUCUUCGCGGGAACUCUUGCCUGGAAAAGGAAUUAAACGAAAUCCGGCUUUUGUUAUGAGAGUGUCAGACGAUGAGAUGGAGAAUGAAGAGUGUAAUGCUGACAGCGAUGACAGCUUCGAUGUUGAGAGUCGAGCGUUAGUUGUGGGCACACGCUUUGCAUGUGAUGAUGAUUUCAGUGACAGUGAGGAUUCCGAGCAUGAGUUGGUGCUUAAUAGCGAACCAUGUCUGAUGGAGAAAGUGGGAUUAGUCGAAGGUGCACUAUCUGAGCUAACCCAUGAACAUCGUAUUGUGGUUAUGGAGGAAGUUAGAAACCAAAUAUCGACCCUGGAAGCAGAUCUGGCAGAUAAAAAUGAGAAGUUUACUUCUGCAAUUGCUCGUGUAGAAAAGCACAGUGAAGCACGCAGGGAAAUGGAGAAAAAGCUUGAUUUGCAGUAUCAGCGUACAGUUGCAGAAGAUCUUGAUAAGUACCUGACUGAUGUACAGAGACGGCAUGAACAAAGAUCUCAAAUAGAAGAAAGAAGAAUAAGAGAUGAUGCGGCUGUUGAAGAGGCCAAAAGACGUCAAGAAGAAAAGCAUAGGCAGGAGAAGAUAAAAGCAGAAGCAGAGAUGCAGGCUAGACUUGAAGCUGAAAAAAAGAGAGCAGAAGAAGUGAAGGCUUUGGAAUCUCAACGAGCAGCAAAAGAAGCAGCGGAGAAGUUAGCUGCUGAAAAUUCAAAAAAGGCUGCUGCAUUAGCAAUAUCACCUGAAGCUACUGCACAAAUAGAGAGAACUCAGGCUGAUAAAGCAGAAAAGGCUGCAUCAGGGUCUUUUCUCAAAGGUGCAGAAAGAGCUUUGAAAAUGGAGGAACUAAGAUCACAGAUAUACAAAGAAGUUGCUGCUGAAGCUGAGGCAUUGCGUAGAAAUAUGGAUCUUCGCAGCCAUGAAAUGCAGAUAGCUAGACGAAUUAGACAAAUUAGUGGGACAACAGAAAGUGUUAGAGGAAAAGCAAUGGAACUCGUCACACUUAUCUCCAAUUCAACGAGCCCACGAUCCAGUACAGCAAUUUUUGCAGAGAAGAUAGUAUCUCAGUGUGUCAAUCCAUCUGGAAGCUUCAGUAAAUCUGUUUAUGCUUAUGCUCAAGUAGUUGUUCUUGUUACAUCAAAGGUUCCACAAACCAUGGACAUUCUUCUUGCUGAAUUAAACAGGGUUUGCAUAUACACUGUUCCGAAAUAUAUGAAAUACUCUGAGUCAAUAUUCAAAACCAAAGAAGCUUACUACAAAGCCAUUGGAUUUAAAGAAGAGAAUGGAAAGCUUGAAAAUCGUGAUACUUAUGUAGAACGAGUGAGGUCAUGUAUGAAGCUAUACGGGGCACUUGUUCAGACUGAAGCUGAAGGAGUAAAAAACCCACAUGGAAUCGAAGAAGGCUGGGCAUGGAUCGCCAGAUGUUUGAAUGCUCUUCCAGCCAAUUUAUACACUGCUGUUUCACUGCAGGCUUUUCUUGAAAUGGCAGGCUUCGCUCUAUACAGAAAAUACAGAUCCCAGUUCAAGAAGAUACUCAAUAUCAUUUCUCGAAACUUCAUUACUGCACUCAAACAACAACCAGAUCUAGCCAAUGUAGUCAUGAACAUCCAGGUAUACAUAGAUUCAAAGAAAUUCCUCGAGGAACCUGAUGGCCGACGUAUGCAGAGUUCUUUAUUAUCAAGUGAAGCUGUUCCCGAAACAAAUUACCAAGGGUCAUAUCAUCACAAUUCAUCAAACAGAGAUCAGUAUAGCUAUCAGUCAUACAGACAACAUUAUUAGCAUUUGAAAUUUUUUACCGAGCUUUGACAUGAGUGUAAAGUGUAACCAGUGUAUCAUUGUAUUUUCAUCUUGAAACUAAUUGAUUAGUUUCAAGUUCAUAAUUGUCCACCAUAUGUAUAAUUUUGCGAUUUGCAAAUGCUACUUGCUAAUAGGAUAAACAUAGAACAUUGGUUUGCUCGUUCUUUAUUUGUCAGUACUGAUAAAUUUGUGAUAUACAUACAAUCGCAGUAAGGGACAG